CGAGCCAUAGCCUCCUCGUCCCCUCAACAACUGUACUACACCAUCAACAUCACGCGCCGCCAUUAGGAGAAGAAGAAGAGGCAGAGCUUAGGGAGCGAAAAAGACGCUUCUUCUUCUUGCUGCUGUGCUUGCGGAUCCGCGGUGGCUGCGCUCGCCGGCGGGGAAGAGGGGUCGCGGGCGGCGCGCCUCAAGUCUUUCUUCGCCUCCGUGCUCUUUGGGCUCUUUGGCCAGGCCGAGGACAACGAGAACGAAGAGAUGGCCACGCGCAACCACAACAACGCCGCCGCCGCCGCCGCUCCGCAGCUCCGCCACCACCACAACCGAGGCGGUGUUCCCGCUCUCGGAAAGAGCAAGGCCGUGCCCGGCCGAACUGACGCCAUGAACCGGCGACCCGUCCUCGGCGAUAUUGGCAACCUCGUCACCGUCCGCCCAGCCGAAGGGAAGCCUCAGCCUCAGGAACAGCAGGUCAAUCGCCCCAUCACGAGAAGCUUCGGUGCUCAACUCGUGAAGAACGCGCAGGCGAAUGCCGCCAUCAAGAAUGCCGCAAUCCUGCCUGCGAGGCAUGCGCCGAGGCAGGACAGGAAGGCUCCUGCUAAGCUGCCGCCGCCUGAGGAUAUCAUAGCACUUAGCUCCGACUCUGAACAGAGCAGGACGCAGUCCGAGAGCAGCGCUAGCUCCGUCCGCUCGAGGAGGAAGGCCAUCAACACCCUUUCUUCUGUGCUCUCGGCUCGCUCAAAGGCUGCCUGUGGAAUCGCUGAUAAGCCUAGACAAGUGAUCGAAGACAUUGACAAGUUGGACGUCAACGAUGAGCUCGCAGUCGUGGAAUACAUUGAGGACAUCUACACGUUCUACAAGAUUGCUCAGCACGAGAGACGGCCAUGUGACUACAUUGAAGCCCAGGUCGAGAUCAACGCUAAGAUGAGGGCUAUCCUGGUUGAUUGGAUACUUGAAGUACACCACAAGUUCGAACUGAUGCCAGAAACUCUCUACUUGACCAUGUACAUCAUCGAUCAGUACCUCUCGCUGCAACCAGUCCUGCGAAGGGAGCUGCAGCUUGUCGGCGUUUCAGCUAUGCUGAUCGCCUGCAAGUACGAAGAGAUUUGGGCCCCAGAGGUGAACGACUUCAUCCUUAUAUCAGACAGUGCAUACACUAGGGAGCAGAUUCUUUCUAUGGAGAAGGGGAUUCUGAAUAGGCUGGAGUGGAACUUGACUGUCCCUACAGUAUACAUGUUCCUUGUCCGUUUUCUGAAGGCAGCAACCUUGGGUAACAAAGUUGAGAAAGAGAUGGAGAAUAUGGUCUUCUUCUUUGCUGAAUUGGCGCUGAUGCAAUAUGAUUUGGUGACGCGCCUGCCUUCCCUGGUUGCAGCUUCUGCUGUCUAUGCAGCCAGGCUCACUCUCAAGAAGGCUCCACUUUGGACCGACACCCUCAAGCAUCACACAGGCUUCAGAGAGUCAGAGGCAGAGCUAAUUGAAUGCACGAAGAUGCUGGUGAGCGCACACUCGACUGCCGCUGAGAGCAAGCUGAGGGUUGUAUACAAGAAGUAUUCAAGCGAGCAGUUCGGAGGUGUCGCGCUUCGCCCACCCGCAGUGGAGAUCUGCAAGUAAACGAAGAUUAACUUUGUGCAAUCCGUGUUUGCUAUUGAUUUAAGAGAGUGUAAUGGAAGGCGAGUCUGACAUUCGCGCUAAUGUUUGCUUGUUUCGGGAGUCAAGAAAGUUUGAAUACUUGAGACAGCCGUUUGUUUGCUAGGCUGUUCUCAGAGUCAGGUGUUGUCUGACUUGUGGUGGCAAUUAGGAUUUGGAUGUUUGAGUUUUAUGUGAUGGAUACACCUUAGUGUACAUCAGAAUUCUAUCUAGUACGACAUUUAUUCAUAAAUAAAUGUGAAUGUGUUUUGCUGAUUAA